CCAAAUAAAUACAGCGAACUGCGAAGUAUCUAUAAACACUACAUUGAUUCAUAUAUUGCUUUAUAUCAGCUGAAAACGGACAAAGAAGAAUUAAAAGAUAUUUACAAAAUGAUCAAAACAGAAUUGAUUGAUUCAAAGAAAUAUUUCCCAGAAUAUAUUAUAAAAGAUAUUUUAAAUAUCAUUCCAUAUAAUAUUCGCUAUUCAAAGUCUUAUUUAUCACUUACCAAAUUCAUAUCUGAUGAAUAUCAUGUCCAAGAGGUCAGAAAUAUUUUGCCUAUUUCUAACUACUUGUUUUUAAAAGAAUAUGGAAUUAAAUUAGACAAAUCAGAUGAUUUCGAAGGAAUUAACUCAGAAAAUCUGGAUAUUCAUACAGAAGAUACAAUUUACAGAGCAAUUAUGUAUAAUGACUUAGAAAGAUUCAUCCAAUUCACAGAAAGAGAUGGAUUUGAUAAAGAUCAAACACUGAAAAGCGAUUUAUUUCCAUAUUCUUUCAGAGGGUAUUCAUUACUUGAAUUAUGUUGUUACCAUGGAGCUGUUGAUUGUUUCAAGUUAUUAAGAACGAAAUUUAAGUCAGAAAUAACUGAAAAAUGUCUACAACUUUCAUUUUUAGGAGGAAAUCAAGAGAUCAUGAGUGAAUGCCUGAAACAUCAGAAACCAUAUAGAGAAUGCAUGUUUUAUGCAAUUAUAUCACACAACAUUGAUUUUGUUACAUUCUUGAUGAAUGAAUACAAUAUAGAGAUCAAAUUAUUUUAUUGUGGAAUGCAUAAUAAUCUUGAAUCAUUUUUAGUUUAUUUCGAUCAAACUAAUGAUGUUAUCAAUUGCUCUGUUAAAUCUGCAAUGUUUGAUAUACCAUCUCUUUGCAAAUAUUUCCUAUCAAAUGGUGCAAAUAUCAAUGAAAAUGAUGAAAAUGGAGAAACAGCUCUUCAUUAUGCAGCAGAAAAUAAUUGUAAAGAAUCAGCUGAAUUUCUUAUAUCACAUGGUAUAAAUAUCAAUGAAA